CAGAAGUCUCCAAGCCCUGCCCCGGCACCACUGCCAUGCAGACCCAUGCCCAGACCCUGACUGUUUGCACGAGGACCCCAGGGGCAGCGCCUGCCUGCGGGCACCCCGAAAGCGCCUCCUGGGUGAAGUGGGGCUGCGCCGAGCCUGGACAGGCUUUGCCUGGGCGUGAAGGGUGCCUGCGCAGCAGGAGGGGCCAGGCGAGGCGGGGAGGAAUGCGAGUGGGAGAGCGGCCGGGCAUGUAGCGACAGCUCCUGGGGCGCGCGGCGCCGGGGAUCCCACAUGUUGCAGGGGGCAGGGAGCAGAGCCCCGGCAACAGGGCUGGAGGCUGGCAUGGGGCACCCCAUUGCUCAACCCCUCUGAGAGCCAGGGAACAGAGGGCAGCAAGUCCCCCCGGGGGGCAGCACAGCUGUUGUGGGAGUCCUAGCCUUGGGGAGCUCGGCUCUGACGUGGAGGUGCUGGAAAUCCCCCAGCGGGUGAUGCCUGGCUGUGGUGAUACGAGGUACUGAAGAUCCCGGGGGGCUGAGGAGCCGCUAUGACCCCCGAGAAGGUGCUGAGAGAAGGGGUGCUGGAGAAGCGGAGUGGGGGGCUGCUGCAGCUCUGGAAGAAGAAGCGGUGCCUGCUGACGGAGAAGGGACUGCAGCUCUUUGAGCCCAAGGGCUCACGGCGCAAGGAGUUGAGCUUCGCCCGCAUGAAGGCGGUGGAGUGCGUGGAGUGGAAGGAGCGGCACAUCUACUUCACGGUGGUGAUGGACGACAGCCACGAGAUCGACUUCCGCUGUGCCCAGGAGGACCCGGGCUGGAAUGCCGAGAUCACUAUGGGCCUCGUCCGCUUCAAGAACCAGCAGGCAAUCCAGGUCGUCCGCGCCCGGCACAGCUGCCGAGCAGUGGUUCAGUUUGACACAGCCCCAGUAGGACAGCCCAUGGACGCACAGCAUCCGAAGAGCAGGAUGGAGAUGGCCCUUGGUUCAACGGGCAGUGGAGAGAACGGGAUCCCGGCAGGCAAGUGAGGACAUGGCUGUCUGUGGCCCGGGGAUGGGGAUGGUGGCCCCGGGGAGGCCAGUGCGGGCACUGGCCCUGCCCUGUCCUGGGGCCGGACAGAGGCACCACAGGAGCCAGGCUGGCACAGCUGCAGAUGCAGGUCAAGCCUCAUCCCCUUGGCAUGACGGGGCAAAGGACACAGCCAGGGCCACCACCUGGGGCUCUGGACAUGACAGAUGACAUCCCUGCCUGGGGACCCACCAUCCUUCAGCUGACAUGGCCAGGACCUUGGUGGACUGGUGGGGACCCCCAGGCCUCUCCUGCGGGACAGGGGAUGGGAUGGAUGAAGUUGAGCCCGAAGGAAGCAGUGUGAUGGUGAGCUCUGCCCGAAUGCCAGUGACACUGGGACAGAUGGAUACGACCAGGGACACAGCUCCACCUGAGUCUCCACAUUGAGAAGGGGCUGGAGAGCUGCUGCUGCAGCAGGAACCCCUCCGGGCACCGUACCUGGAUGGCGCGGUGAUGUGGCCAUGCUGCUGGACACUGUCCUGCCCUGGGCUGUCCUCGGGCUAAAUGGGGGAUGCUCAGGGAGGCAAUGGGGACCCUGACUCCCUGUACCAAAAGUGUCCCCAAAAAGGACUUUCUGCUGCUUACCCUGGUGUUGCUUUGAUUUGUGGGACCCCGCAGGGUAUGGGAGAGCACAAAUCCUGCACAGAGCUUCUCCAGUUGUUGGCAUCCCCCUACCUCUGCCAGCAUCCCACAGUCGGGCUCCAGAGCCCCCCGCUGCCACCCUGAGCCUCUCUUGCUGUGCCCGUGUCCCCAGGGAUUCCCAUGGUGGUUUGUGGGCAGGCGACCCAGGAGCAGUGCUGCCUGGCUUUGCAGGCAGG